AUGUUAUUAAGUAUAUGGAACUGCUGGAAGGGGGACCAAGAUAGUGACAAAAGAGAAAGGAGAGAUAAAAUGGCCGCCACUAUGGUUGAAACCCCACCCCCUCAGCUGAUCACAACAAUUGAAUGGGGUAUGAUGGAUAAAAGCAAAUUCUUUCCGCUCUAUGCAUUGAGUAGUUUUACAGUACGCUGUGCCCUCUAUCCGUUAACACUUGUGAAAACGCAAAUACAAGUUCAGCGCAAAAAGGAGGCUUACAAGGGUGUAUCAGAUGCUAUAUUAAAGAUAUACAGGGCUGAGGGUGUUACCGGCCUUUAUAGAGGCUUUUGGCUAUCCAGUUUUCAGAUAAUUUCAGGUGUAUUUUACAUUUCUACGUACGAAGGUGUAAGACACGAACUAGGCAACUAUGAAGUAACCCCGAGGGUGAAAUCCUUUAUUGCGGGAGGCUGCGCAUCAUUAGUGGGACAGACUGUCAUAGUGCCAUUUGAUGUUCUCAGUCAGCAUCUGAUGGUGCUGGGUCUGGUUAAAGGGUCGCCGGGUGGCGUACAUAACUCUAAAGUGAACCCGCUAGGCCUCGACUUGGAGCGUCACUGGUCUAAAAGCGCUUUGGCCCGUGAGGUGGCCCUUCGCGUGUAUCGGCUUCAUGGCCCUUUGGGAUACUAUCGUGGGUACGCGGCUUCGCUCGCAGCAUAUGUUCCCAAUUCAGCGCUGUGGUGGGCGCUUUAUACUGCAUACCAGGAUGAACUUCUCAAAGUAAGUCCGUCAUGGGUGUCAUACCUGUUGAUACAAUGCGUUGCGGGUACUCUUGGAGGCUUUACCACAACAAUACUGACGAACCCUUUGGACAUCGUACGCGCUAGGCUACAGGUUGAAGGCGUCAGCUCGAUGCGAGAAGUAGUAAAAGAACUGUGGAAAGAAGAGGGUCUAAUUGGUCUAUACAUGAAGGGACUGUCAGCAAGACUAGUCCAGUCCGCCUGUUUCUCCUUCUCCAUAAUUCUGGGUUAUGAGACCAUAAAACGAGUGAGCGUCAGCGAUGAGUAUAGAACAAGAGUGCGCUGGUGA